GGGAGCGCGCGCUGCUCUCGUGCGGCGCUGCCCGGCCGGGCCUCGCCUUCCCCGAGCGCGCAGCGCGGCUGCCGCUGAGGGCUGCGAGCCCCUGCUGAGGGCUGCGAGCCCCUGCGCUUCCAAGGUGUUCGGGGCUCUGAGUACUGUGAGAGCUGAGGAGAGCGACAGCAGCUGCCCUCGGGACAGCGCCCCACGGUGGGACGCUCCCGGGUCCGCGGGCACUGCCCUCACUCGGGUGUCCCCGGGGCGUUCCGCGCUCAGCGCCCAUCGCUCCCGCGGCGUUCCCACGGCAGGGCCGGCUGUAUGUUAAUGAGGGCUUAGAUUUACGCUAAUGAAUGGGUCACGUGCACGCCAAUGAGCGGGGUCACGUCUCUGGUAAGAAGGUCACGUGUAUGUUAAUGAGACGGUCACGUGCCCGCCAAUGUGCCCGGGGACGGGCGGUGAGGGCUCCGCGGGGGCUGACGGUACGGGCAGGCCCCGCCGGGCUUGGGCUGUCCUGGGGCGCGGCCCCGCCCGUGCGAGUGCCCUGUGAGGCAUGGGGGGAUUGUCCCCAGGGCAGCGGCACUGGGCGGGGAUUGUCCCCUGGGCAGCGGAAUGGGGUGGGGAUUGUCCCAGGCCAGCGGCACUGGGGGAUGAGAUUGUCCCCAGGGCAGGGCACGGGGCGGGGAUUGUCCCCUCGGCAGCGCCGCCCGGCCCCGCUGACCGCCCAGCCGGAGGGUUCCGUUCGGGUUUUCACCGCGUUGUGUUUUCCCGUGUGGGAUUUUGAGUUUGUCCAGAUUUCAGUGCAGCCCUACCCGAGAACAGGAGCCCAAGCUGUGAAAGCAUCACCCAUCAGGUCACCAAUGAGUCAGAACUGCCAGCUCUGGAAAGAAGAGCAAAGCCAAGCAUGGACAGGACAUGGGAGAAUGCAAGACCACAGCAAACCUGCAGAGAGCUCCUGGAUUUUGCUGGCUGCAGGAUUUGCACUAUCAGACAAAUGAACACUUGUUUCAGUGCAGGUUGGCAGUAGAAUUACUUCUGCUCCUAAAAUCUCUCCCUAAAUACCACUCAUUUCACAAAACUUGUGCUGCAGCUGCAGCCAGUGAGGAGCUCAGUGCAUUUCAGCCACUGUGCCCCAGGUUUGGGCAAAAUUGAGUGUUAAAUAUUCAGGGACAGCUCAGCUCUGGAGAAGUCUCUUUUUUCCUCCAUCCAGGAACUGUCAGUGGUGGCACAAAGUAUCACCCACUGGGAUGGUGAUUCAGGUAGGAGCUGUCAUUCCCUGGGAACUGGACAGUGGCUCACUGAUGUCACCAAGUGAAGGAGCUGCAGCAGCUUCUGUGGAGGAGAGCAAAGUGUCCCACAGAGGGGCAGUGAGGAAAGGAUCUCACCCAGUUCAUGCUUUGAAGAGGAGGGAAGGAAGAGACCACUCCUGCCAUUUAUUUUUCUCCUUCCACCAUCUACACUUCCCUCUGGGAAACAUCCUUGUCAACAAUUGAAUUCCUGAGACUGAGGAGUGAUUUCACACACACACCAGGAAGACCACUUCUGGUUCCUCAACAUCACCCACCCCAGUUUGCUUUUUGAAGUGACUGAUUUUGUCCCCCUUCCCCAAAGGAGGCAGUGCCUGGACCCAGCUCUCUGUCAGAUUGUUCUGUUUAGCAGAGAUGCGAGGCAGGAAAGAAAAAGGAGUCUCCUGUUGUCUUCCUUUUGCAUUCAGGUCUCCCAGCCUGACUACUGCUCUGCUUCCAGCGAGGAAAAGACAGAAUUCAUUGCUUUUGUUUCUCAACUGGCACAAUUCAGCUGCUUUCUCCAAUGUCACAGAACACCAUUGAUGAACACCAACACUCUGAGCUCACAAAAGGACAGGGGAGAGAUAGUAAAAUACAUUAUCUACAAGAAAUAGGUGGUUCCUGUUACAAAUUCUGUGCAAGGUAGAAAUAGUUCAAUGGCCUCAAAGUCAGUAUCAUUAAUUACAGCUGGGGCUUUGAUACAGUGA